UUGCAGAGAAAUCACGUUGUGUUGAACCACAAGGAGUUUUACGUGUUUUACACAGCUUUUUACCUCCCGGCACCAUGGCCGAUUGUUUGGGAUCGGUAGGGCUGCCUAGCAUGAAGGCUCGCCAGAAGAAAUUGUGCCAGGAAAUGCAGAAACCGCGUGCCGCAGCUGUCUACAAAGAUGCCAAUAAUGUGGGCGCACGUAUGCUGGCCAAGCUGGGCUGGUCCGAAGGCAAGGGUUUGGGUCGGAAUGAGGACGGUAUGGUCGAUCCACUGCUCACCCGGUUCAAGAAGGACAACGAAGGGCUAGGAUACGCGGGCGAAAACGAUGAUCAGUGGACCCAACACGAUGCCGGUUUCAAUGAGUUAUUGAAGCGCCUGAACGGUAGUGGUACUGAGGAAGAUGCGGCCACAGCUGCCGAGCUCGAAACCAUCGAUCCAAAAGCACAACUACAAUCACUGGAGGAACGCUCGAAGAAAUCACGUGCCCGGGUUCAUUAUCGAAAGUUUACUCGUGGCAAAGAUCUGAGCCAGGUUAACGAGAAGGACUUGGCGAACAUUUUCGGCAAACGAUCGUUGGCUGAUCUAAAUAAACCGACUGGCAGUGAACAGCAGGCAAGUAACGGCGUUUCUGCGGCUGCUAGUGACAAUGAUUCCGAGACGGAGGUGCAAACGAACAUCUUGGGGCUCACGACCAUCAAAGCUAGCCAAUCGUUGCAAGAGUACUUCCAAGAGAAAAUGAAAAUGAGAAAAGCUGCCUUAGCCCAAGGAAAUCAGGGAUCUGUAGAGACUCCAAAUAGCACCGAUAGCGCGCAGCAUGAGAACUCGGAAAUGGCUGUUGAAACAAAGAAAAAGAAAAAGAGCAAGAAAAGGCAAGAUUCUUCUGAAGAAAUGCCAGAGGAGCAGCAAGUUGCAGAGGAACCAGUGCAGGAACAAUCGGCGACUGAUACCAAGGUUAAAAAGAGCAAACGGAAGCAUGAAACGAUCAGCGAAAUUGAAAACAGUCACGUGGUUGAGGAAGCCGCAACUGAGUUGGAUGCUUCUGAACCGAUCAAGAAGAAGAAAAUUAAAAAAAGGAAAAAUGAUUCUAACCAAGAAGAGAGUGGCCAAACCGAGGAAUUAGGCAAUGGAUCAGAAAACUCUUCCGAUAUCCUGGAUACUGCACCAUCGAAGAAAAAGAAGAAAUCCAAAAAGGACACCCCAGAGGAGAUGGAGACCGUUUCUGUUGAGCAACCUGAUGCUGAGACAACUACUGAAAACGUCUCGUUAGAAGUCGAACCAGCAAAGAAAAAGAAAAAAACGAAAAAAACCAAACUUGGGACUGAAGCGGAACUAGAGAGCGAGGCUGUGGCAGAUGCCGGAGAUACUAUGGGCAACGAAUCACAUGGUAAGGAUGAGACCACAGAAGGGCCAGCCAACAUAGAGGAGUCGAAUAACGAUGCCGCGCUAGGUGCAGAAAUGACCUGCCCGGUGAAGGUGGCCAUAUUGAAGCAUCUUGACGAAAUGGCCUUUCCCGGUUCUAACUUUGGAAAUAUUAUCGGUUACAGAUUGACCGAGAAUGUAAAGCUAGUGCGAAGAGACGAUAACAUGCGCCGUAAGCUCGAGAAGCAUAGGUACGCUACGCAAAAGAACGUGUCCGAUCAUCGUAAAUGGCAAAAGCUAAAGAAGGUGACUGCCUUCGAAGCCAUCUAAGAUGCAAAAUCCCCAAAACUGUUUUCCAAAUAAAAUGUUGAGACAUUCAUGUAUAAAAUGUUUUGAAUUAUUGC